CGGACUCAGUCCCUCUAGUGCGCCCGGCGAGGACACUCCGACCCUGGGAUUACGGAGACCUCCUGAAGAACUACCUUGAAGAUUGUGUGAAGAGAGAAGUGUUGGUAGACCAAUAAAGAGUGUGAUUAGGGUAAUUAAAGCCCAUUUAAUCAUGCCAAAAUUGGAUUACUCGGCGAAGAAAUGGUGAAAGUGUUCCGAGAAUAACUGGAUACUUGUGCCACCUCUAAGAAACCAUGGCUGACCCAGCCGAAUCCGGCGGCCUCUACUACGAACGGCUAACAACGGUCGAGUGGGCAUUCCUGGAAAGUACGAACCUCACCGACCACCUGCCCCCGGCCUGGAACAACCAAAGUGAUCCGGAAGACCACCACCACCGGAAUGGCAGCGGUGUGCCCUCGCCCAUGGAUUACGACAUUCGGCGGGACCCGCUGUGGAUCGUGGUCCCCAUUACGAUAAUUUACUCCACAAUCUUUGUGAUUGGGGUGGUGGGAAAUGUGAUAACCUGCGUUGUGAUCUCUAGGAAUAAGUCGAUGCACACGGCGACCAACUACUAUCUGUUUAGUUUGGCCGUGUCGGAUUUGCUGCUGCUGUUGUUUGGCGUCCCGCUGGACAUCUACUCCGUGUGGUACAAAUUCCCGUACCCGUUCGGCAUCAACAUCUGCAUCCUGCAGGGCCUCGCGGCGGAAACUUCCGCCAACGCAACCGUACUCACCAUCACGGCGUUCACUGUGGAAAGAUACAUUGCCAUCUGCAAGCCGUUCCUAUCGCACACGGUGUCCAAACCGUCCCGCGCCGUUCGGUACAUAAUUGCCGUGUGGAUCAUCGCCAUGUGCCUGGCCGUGCCCCAGGCCCUCGCCCUCGUAAUCGACGACUCGUUCGGGACGUGCACGGUGCGGCAGGACCGGCAGCGCCAUGUGUUCACCAUGUCGGCGGUGAUUGUUUUCGUGUGCCCGAUGUGUGUCCUCACGGUGCUGUACGUCCUGAUCGGGCUGCAGCUUCGGCGGUCCAAGGUGAUGAAGCGGGGCGUCCAGCUGAGGAGCAGCGUGCGGUUGAAGCACAGCAUCUUCCGGAAGGGUUCCCAGCGGACGAUUGUUACCAUCAACUACCAGCAGAACAGCAGCGCCAGCAACACCGAAUCGCCCCAGCACUACAGCGAAAGUAUGCUCACGACGGCGAUGCAGCCGGAGCCCCUCCAGGCGAAGCUUUCGCUGCCGGCCAAUCUGGGGAAAAAUGCCGACAGCAAUCACCACCACCAGCAGCAUAGGAUGGUGGAACAGACCAACUCGAACGUUUCCCAGUCCUGCCAGGACGGGCGGAUUAAUUACUCGAACCGGGCCCAGUACCACAGCACCCGGCACGUGGUCAAGAUGCUCGUGGCGGUGGUGAUAGCGUUCUUCCUGUGCUGGGCGCCCUUCCACGCGCAGCGCCUGUUCGCGGUCUACGGCAACGAUCAGAACGGCCAAGAAGCAAUACAAAUCGCGUUCGAAAUCCUGACGUACAUUUCCGGCAUCCUGUACUACAUCUCGACCUGCAUCAACCCGGUGCUGUACAACAUCAUGAGCCACAAGUUCCGGGAGGCGUUCAAGGACACCCUCGCGAAUUAUCUGUACCGGCACCAUCGCCGUUCUGGCCACGACCUACUAAGACAGCGUUCGUUUUCUAGGAAUGUCUCGUUGCGCUCAAAUUCCAAUAACUCGCACUCGGUGGCCACGUGCUCGUCCGUGGCGGUGGCCGUUGGCAACGAGCUAACCACCGGGCCCGAUCCGGUGUCGAGUGAUUCCACGGCCGGGACGGAACAGCCCUUCCGCUAUCUGGAAACGUCCGACCUGGCCCGGCUAAAGCGUCCGCUGGUGGUCACGUUCCGGAAAAUUCCAACCCAUCCGAAGCCAUCGCAGCAGGCCGGCACGUGUUGUAACUCCCUAGCCACAAUCCACAAACAACUGGACAACGUUCCGGCCAACGCUUGCUGCCCAACUUCCGGUCCAAAAGCCAAACACAACGCCCCCGGCAGCACUCGUAAAUGGACCAAACUGGUCGGUCGAACGCGUUGGACCGAGAAGCAGCAGCAGCAGCACCACCAAACCGAAAACAGUCAAUAUUUGCAGGAUUUUAGUUCCGUCCUGGUGCCAUCGACGAUGACGAUGAGCUGCUCCUGGCAACGCAGCCAACAGGACGAAUACCAAAUGUGCACGAAGACCACCACCACAAAUCAACUGCGCUCGACCGGAGCGAGUCCACCACUUUUGCAGCAGCAUCAAAAUCAUUAUCAAAUGCAGCAUCCAUGUCGAUACGAUUACUAUCCCCAGCUGCGGAACAAUACGACUCCCUAGAAGGGGAAAAAGUCCGGGGAGGAAAGGGAUGAAACAAAAAGAAACGCACACGCAUACUUCUAAAAGCUCACUUCAAAAAAGUCGACGAACGAAAGCUCAUACAGAAUGGAAAGCACAGGAUACUGGGGAAAGCUCAUGCUCUCGCACAAAGUUUUACAAACGGAAAAUUACCACAGUUUACUGCUCGUUGUUCACUGUUGUUAGAAGGAAACAAGGGUAACGGGACCGUUUGUUGGAGUGAAAAUUACACAAAAAAAUACAACUUUUGAAAUGCACAACUAAAGUUUCAACAAUUUAGGAAAAAUCUCUCUAAAAAAAAUAGAAUGAUUUACUCAAAGCUGGUUUAACAAAACUUAACACUUUGUUAGUUUAGUAAGUCAUGUAAAUUCAAAUUUUUGCGCUAGAAAAAAACAAGAAAUCAUCAGCAAAACCUUUCAGUUACAAUUAAUAACAAUUUUGUUAAAUUUAAAAUAUUUUUGUUAGAUGUUUGAUAAAGUGCACCGUUUUUAAAUUUCGUCUACCUUAAAAGUUCAAAAACUGUAUAAAAUUUACUUUUUAACCUAUUAAAGUCUUGCUCAAGCUUCAAAAUCGUUGAUUUUUUAAGAAUGUAGCUUUUUCUACCCAAAAAAGUAAAUAUCCUAUGUUUCAAAUUUAUCGCAGUUUUAGUGGAAAAAGUUGAUUUGUAAUCGUUUUCGUCAUUUUCACGUUUUGAGCGUCGAACAACUCGAUUUUUAUUUCCAAAAAAAAACAUAUCUCGAGAUCGUACGGGUAGACACCCCCCUCGACUCUGACCAAAGUCGAGGGGGGGACAAAAAAAUAAAAAAGUAUGCAAAUUGAAAUUACGAGCAAUGGUUUCAAUAUUUUAAUGAAAAAAGUGUUUAAAAAUGCAUUAUACACC